CAUUCUGUGAUCCACCAAUUCCUCGGGCAACCUGUUCCAGUGUCUCACCGCCCUCACUGUAAAGAACCAUUUCCUAACAUCUAGUUUGAAUCUCCUCUCUGCCAAUUUAAACCCUUUACCCCUCAUCCUGUCAUUACACCUCUCUUCCCAACACAAAGCUAUUCCCCCUUAACCUAGCACUCCAAACUCAUAUACAGAGUCCCUUCCCAGCUUUCCUGUAGCCUCCUUCAGGUACCGGAGGGGACCCUUUGCAGAAGGCUGAACCCCUUAAGCUGCAGAGAUCGCUGCUGGAGCAGAGGCCAGUAUAGAGAUGCCUCACUCGAGAAGGUACCGCUCGUCGGAGCGCAGCAGCCGGGGCAGCUACCACGAGCGCUACAGAAGUCGCAAGCACAAGAGGCGGCGGACGCGGUCGCGGUCGAGCAGCAGCGAGCGCGACCGUCGGCACCGUCGGGAAGACAGCUACCACGUUCGAUCCAGGAGCUACGACGACCACUCAGCAGACAGGAGGGCUUACGACCGGCGUUACUGUGACAGCUACCGGCGCAAUGAUUACAGCCGCGAGCGAGGGGAAGCCUACUACGAGCCCGAGUACCGUCACUCCUACGAGUACCGACGCUCCCGCGACCGCGAGGGCAGCUACCGCAGCUGCAAAAGCAGCCGGCGUAAGCACAGGCGGAGGCGGCGCCGCAGCCGGUCCUUUAGUCGCUCCUCAUCGCAGCGGAGUCGACAGAGCAGCAGAAGGGCCAAGAGUGUGGAGGACGACGACGAGGGGCAUCUGAUCUAUCGCGUCGGCGACUGGCUACAAGAAAGAUAUGAGAUUAUUAGCACCUUAGGGGAGGGCACCUUCGGCAGAGUGGUGCAGUGCAUCGAUCACCGGAGGGGUGGUGCACGUGUGGCUCUCAAAAUCAUUAAAAACGUGGAGAAGUACAAAGAGGCUGCUCGGCUGGAGAUCAACGUGCUGGAGAAGAUCAACGAGAAGGAUCCUGAGAACACCAAUCUCUGCGUCAGGAUGUUUGACUGGUUUGACUACCAUGGCCACAUGUGCAUCUCCUUCGAGCUGCUGGGGCUCAGCACCUUUGAUUUCCUGAAGGACAACAACUACCUGCCUUACCCCAUCCACCAAGUUCGGCACAUGGCCUACCAGGUGUGCCAGGCUGUGAAAUUUCUGCACGACAACAAACUCACUCACACUGACCUCAAGCCAGAGAACAUCCUCUUUGUGAACUCCGACUAUGAGCUCUCCUACAACUUGGAAAAGAAGCGGGACGAGCGGAGCGUGAAGAGCACAGCCAUCAGAGUGGUGGACUUUGGCAGUGCCACGUUUGAUCAUGAGCAUCACAGCACGAUUGUCUCCACCAGGCAUUACCGGGCCCCAGAAGUCAUACUGGAGCUUGGCUGGAGCCAGCCCUGUGAUGUGUGGAGCAUUGGCUGCAUCAUCUUUGAGUAUUAUGUGGGUUUCACCCUGUUCCAGACACAUGACAACCGAGAGCACCUGGCCAUGAUGGAGAGGAUCUUGGGGCCAAUUCCUUCUCGCAUGGUGCGGAAGACAAGGAAGCAGAAAUAUUUCUACCACGGCCGCCUGGACUGGGAUGAGAACACCUCUGCUGGCCGCUACGUCAGGGAAAACUGCAAGCCACUGAGGCGAUACCUGACCUCCGAAGCUGAGGACCAUCACCGCCUCUUCGACCUCAUCGAGAGCAUGCUGGAGUAUGAGCCCUCCAAGCGCAUCACCCUGGCUGAAGCCCUCAAGCAUCCCUUCUUUGACAUUCUGGAGAUGGAGCCAAGCACAAAAAUGUGGGACUCUAGCAGGGACAUCAGCCGAUGAUGCCCUAGGUGCCAGCCUGCCCUCAGAUUCUAGCCCCUGUGGAGGCCUUGUGUGAUUUCUAUUCAGACACUUGGUGCUUUUUUUCCUUUGGUUAUUUUUUUUCUUUAAUAUAUAUAUAUAUAUAUAUACAUGAAAAUUCCUCCCUGGAUAACCUUUGUAAAGAUGUUAAUAUGUGAGAUAGUGUAAAUAGCUCAUAUUCUAUAUUGGCCUCUUGAGCACCACAGGUUUGACCUCCUGCUGUUGCUGCUGCCAUUCUCGUGAGGUAAGAGGCCUGGAUGUCCAUAUUGUACAUACCUCUGUUCAUGUGUUGCUCUGUUUUCUCUCUCCUGCCCUCCUUGAUGUAAAUACUCCCAGCUCUCUGUAGCUUUAUCUGUUUCCUUUCCUAAGUUAUGAAACUGGUGGGAUUGCAUGGGAAUUAUUUUUUUGGAUCAAUGUCAUAGCCCAUCCCCACACCAGAGUUUUAUAAGAAUUUUGUACAGUCUUUGUGGAAAAAUAAAUAUGAAGUCAAUAA